UCAGAGAGAGAGAGAGAAAAAAAUGAAUUGAGAAUAAAUAUAAGGCGCAACAGGUGAAAGAUUCCGGCAUCUCUGAGAAUAAAUAUACAACAACAAUCAUCAGGAUAAGGGAUAAGGAAUAAGUGGUCAGACUGUUUGCCAGAGUAAUAUUUCACGAUCAAGAUUACCAUGAUAGUGAUGUUGCGCAGGAUGAUUGAUCAAGAAAGCGCUAACACGUCAGUAUUGUGUUAUGCGUGAUAGCCAGAAGAAGAAGAAGAAGAAAGAAGAAUAAAUAUAGGGCAGAGUAGUACCUAAGCGUAGUACCCGUAGGACUACUACUGGUGUACUGGUGUACAAUUGGUUGAGAUAGAGAGAAGAGUGAGCGGCGCUCCGGAUAGGACAGUCGCUAUAAAAGCUCACAACCACUGGCUUUACGACGUCAAACGCUGGUGGUCCAUUCUUCAGUGAGGAAGCCCCCUUUCCUUAAGAACUUGAUUGUCAACAACUACCUGAUAAUAUAUAUCUACAAAAUUUUUAAUUAACAAUAUAAUCUGGAAAGUAAUAACUUGGUUUAUCUACUGGAGCUCUAACCAAACAAAUAUUAUAAUUAUUAUUAUUGUAAUAAUAAUUUAAAACGUGCAACGGAAGAAGCUUAUAUUCAUAUUUUUUAAAUUUUAUUCAGUGGUUAUAAUUUAUUCCCAGUGGGUCAACAACAACAGCUGGUUCUUACUCGGGGAAACUUUGGUUGAAAGAAUUUAUUCAUUUAUCAAGACAAAAUGUUUUUUAUGAGCUUACUUACAGUAACAACGCUUAUGACUCUGUCAAAAUCAACACCCUUGUCAUAUUUAACACACCAAAGAAGAGAUGCUCCUACUGAUGGAGGAGGAGAUGAUGAUGAUGAUGGAGUAUUCGUACCAUACAUUAUCGACGAAAGAGGAUUCUCUGCCAACCAAUUUUACUGGCCACAGGAUGAAAAUUUAAAAGUAAAUGAUUCAGUAUCUGGUAUCGAUCGGGGUAAAAGAAUUCAUUCUCUCUCGGUAACAAAUUCGUUGGACGUACUUCGAGACCGUGUUUUACUGGAACUGGCACGCAGAAAAGCUCAGCAGGAAAAAAUUCAGAUAGACGCUAAUCGUCAUUAUUUGGACAAUAUUGGUAAACGCUCUAAUCAGUAUAUUAAAAUGGAUUUGCCCCAAAUAUUUGAACCUAAAAACAUAAAAAUACCUCGAAUAUUUGAUCAUCAAUUGAUUGGAGAUCAAUCAGAGUUUAACAACAAUAACAUGGCUAAAAAUCCCUUUACUCUUGAUUGGUACAACAAUCUAAAUGAUGUCAGUCAGUACAAUCUAAAUGACCAGAUACGAAAGAUUAAAAAUAACAACAAAAUUCGUUUAUUGUAACGUGAGUGAAUCAGAGUUGGACACCGAGUACAAUUUUAUCCCUCCGCUUGUAAUUAUAAUUGUCCAUAUAUAUUAUAUAUUUAAAUUAAAAAACAUUACACAUUUAUUAUUUUUUCCUAGUGAUUUAUAUCUUAUUGUCAUCUUUU